UUUUUCGAGUCAUCAAAGGGUGCACAGAAGCUGAAAAGCAAAGUGAAAACGGAUUAGAAAAAUUCACUGCGCCUUUUCCGCAUUAGUUUGUCGUUCUCGCUAAAAAAAAGUGCAUCGUCGUGAGUUUCGCGAUUAUUGUCGCGUGUUACAACUGCAGCAGAAUCGGAGAAAAUCCACGUUGGUUCCCAGUUUGGGAGAAAAAAGGGUGCAUAAAAGCGUAGAGCCAAAUCGGUGAAGGUAAAAGCGUAGUGAGCAAAAGAUAGGAAAGAAAGCGAGACGAAGAUGGAAGCUCUUAUACCGGUGGUGAACAAGCUGCAGGAUGUCUUCAACACGGUCGGAUCCGAUGCUAUCCAGUUGCCGCAGAUUGUGGUGUUGGGAAGUCAGAGCUCCGGUAAGAGUUCCGUAAUCGAAAGUCUUGUCGGACGGACGUUCCUUCCACGGGGAACAGGCAUCGUUACUCGUCGUCCAUUGGUUCUGCAGCUUGUGUACACACCCCUCGAUGACCGAGAGAACCGUUCGUCGGAUCUCGGCACGGUCAACGUUGAAGAAUGGGGUCGUUUCCUACACAUCAAGAACAAGGUUUUCUCCGACUUUGAAGAAAUUCGGCGUGAAAUCGAGAACGAAACGGAUCGCAUGGCCGGUAGCAAUAAAGGUAUUUGUCCGGAACCGAUCAACUUGAAAAUCUACUCGACCAAGGUGGUCAACUUGACGCUGGUAGAUUUGCCGGGCAUCACUAAGGUUCCGGUUGGCGAUCAACCUGAGGACAUCGAAGCCCAGAUCAAAGAUCUGCUGAUCAAGUAUAUUGAGAAUCCGAACUCGAUCAUCUUGGCGGUGACGGCGGCCAACACGGACAUGGCGACCAGCGAAUCGCUGAAGAUGGCCAAGGAUGUAGACCCGGAUGGUCGAAGAACUUUGGCUGUGCUGACUAAACUGGAUCUGAUGGACGCCGGCACGGAUGCUAUUGACAUUCUUUGUGGGCGUGUAAUUCCGGUUAAAUUGGGUAUUAUUGGUGUGGUGAACAGAUCUCAACAGGACAUUAAUGAUAGGAAAAUGAUUGAGGAGCAGCUGCGUGAUGAGGCGGCUUAUUUGCAGAGAAAAUAUCCAACAUUGGCAACAAGAAACGGAACACCUUACCUAGCGAAGACGUUGAACCGUUUACUGAUGCAUCAUAUUAGAGACUGCCUGCCUGAUUUGAAAACGAGAGUAAAUGUGAUGGCUUCUCAGUUCCAGUCGUUGUUGAACUCUUAUGGAGAAGAUGUGACUGAUAAGAGUCAGUGUUUGCUGCAAAUAAUCACAAAGUUUGCUUCAGCUUACUGCUCCACAAUUGAAGGCACAUCGAAGAACAUUGAAACCACCGAGCUUUGCGGAGGUGCUCGUAUUUGCUACAUUUUCCACGAAACAUUUGGCAAAACGCUAGAUUCUAUACACCCGUUGACGGGUUUGAGUAAGAUGGAUAUUCUGACCGCGAUCCGGAAUGCCACCGGUCCACGACCUGCUCUCUUUGUGCCAGAGGUUAGUUUUGAACUACUAGUCAAGCGCCAAAUUCGAAGAUUAGAGGAACCAUCACUUCGCUGCGUGGAGCUUAUUCACGAGGAAAUGCAACGCAUCAUUCAGCACUGUGGAACAGAAGUCCAGCAAGAGAUGCUCCGGUUUCCGAAACUACACGAAAAAAUUGUUGAUGUCGUUACGCAACUGCUGCGCCGACGACUUCCAACUACUAACUGCAUGGUGGAAAAUCUCGUUCAAAUCGAACUUGCGUACAUCAACACAAAACAUCCGGACUUUCAUAAGGAUGCUGCCCUUGUUCCGAGUCUGCUGAAGACAGACUCCCAGGAGCAGUGGUCACAUUUGCAUCAGCCUGGCAAUCCACCAAGUCGUCGAGCGGCUGCUCGCCAGAAUCCGCAACCAAUACAACCAGAGGCCCCGUCCCCGCAAACGGCAGAAUCAAAUCAUGUUAACGAUCAGACUCCGAUUUGGUUGUCCAACAUUCUGCCGCCGGCGGUUGGAUCGUUCGUUAGCGGGGUUGGUCCUUCUUUUACGUCGGAAAGUGUCGAAAGCUCGACCACAAACACCCCCACCCACGGAGUGUUGAGCCCGACAAAGGCGGUCAAUCUACUACCGGACGUUCCAAUAAACAAUUCUUCCCGGAAAUUGACCGACAAGGAACAGAAGGAUUGCGAUGUGAUUGAACGUCUCAUCAAAUCCUACUUCUACAUUAUCCGCAAAUCAAUCCAGGAUUCCGUUCCGAAGGCGAUUAUGCACUUUCUGGUGAACUUUGUUAAGGACAACCUUCAGUCGGAACUGGUCACGCAUCUGUACAAGUCCGAUUCCGCCAACGAAUUGCUGAACGAAUCGGAUCACAUCUCUAUUCGCCGUAAGGAGGCAAGCGAUAUGUUGAAGGCACUGACGCGUGCCAAUCACAUUAUCAGUGAGAUCCGUGAAACGCACAUGUGGUAAGGUAUGGAGUGUUGCAGGUUGCAUUUCGCACUCGGGAAAGCGUUUCGGCGUUUUUAUUUCAUUAUUUCUCUACUGAUAUUCUAUUUGUUACUGUUAGGCGAUGAUAGAACUUUAGAACUUAAGAGUUACUUCUAUGCAUUGAGGUUUGUUUGGUUUCGAACCGCGUGAAUUCUACCCGGCGCCGACGCUUUGUUACAUUUGUGAAAUGCAUUGUAAAACUAUUGUAUUUUAUAUGUCAAACAUUUAGGAAACCUAUUAGUGCUAUUAGCUUUAAAUUAUCACCGAACAUGAUGCAUCUUAGAUAAUCGCAAAAUAACAGAAUUUCACUGUUUAGUUGUACUGCACCUCUUGAUAUGACCAACUAGUGCAUUUUCCACAUAAAUUUAUUCUAUUAUAAAGGAAAUACAUAAACAAGGCUUCUAGUCCUUCAUAUCCAUCGAAAUAAUUUCUAUUGCUUUACCGAUUAUUACCUCUUUAAGUUUUGCUCAAAGCCCAUAAUAUUUCCUCCAUCUUUUAAGUGUAAUCACCAAAAUAGUCACAUUUGAUCCAACAAUGGCUGGGUAACACCAUACACGAAAAGACAACAUCGUUGUAACAUGUUUAGAUACUUAAAUAAUUUCUGAUAUUCUCAUCUUCUGCAAUGUCAUACCCAUCAAAACAUCAACUAGGGAGCAUUUAAAUUUUCGAAGGGAACCUACUUCUUGAACGUUUUUCCUAAUCAUCUACAAACAUAGUUACUGAUUUCAAAGUCGAAAAAAAAAGAAAUCAACAGUUUUUAUAGUAAUAAGAGUAUUGAUGACAAAUACACAUUCAAACUAUGUUUCAAACGCUGCUCGAAUGCUUCAACUAUAAACGUGGAUUCGCACGAGCAAAACCAAAAUUAAUUUAGCAUUGAUAAAAAAGCUGCACCGCUAAAACCUUACUGCAAUUGUAUAACAAAAUAAAUUCACAGAUAUCUAUUGGACGUAUAAAUCGAAAAAAAAACUCAUAGAAGAAGCAUUGAGGUGUGAUUCGCUAGGAGAAUAACAAGGUAUAGAGACUGCACUUUUUGUGGAUGGCCAGACAGUCAGCAAAAUCCAAAUAAUAUAAGCGUUUGCAGUUGCUAGAAAACGUCAGAAAUAAAAUGUGAAACAGUGUCUAGGUUAAACCUCCAGGGAAAAA